CCAACUACCAACAAACCAAAACCUCUGAAGUAACUCAACAUACGACAAAAUGGCCAUCGUAACAACACUCCUCGCACCAGUCCACCUGCUCUCCUUCUCAACUCUUCUCGGCUCUCAACUCUACCAAACCUUCAUCAUCACAAAAGUCACUUUCAAACACCUCCCACGAACUCCAUAUAUCAAUUUACAAAAGAACCUCUUCCCCAUAUUCUUCCAAGGCCAAGCUCUUCUCCUCUUCCUCACGGCCAUAACACUACCUCCGUACGGUGCUCUCUCACUUAUUGAGCACAAGAGCGAUUGGAUACCAUUUGCGAUAUCUGGAUUUGUCUCGGGGCUUAAUCUUAUGGUGUUUGGACCGAGGACGAGACAGUUGAUGUUGGAUCGUGCUGAGCAGGGGACACUGGAAGGGAAGACGGUGGAGGGGCCGAGUUCUGCGAUGGAGGCUAUCAAGAAGAGAUUUAGGACUUCGCAUGCUAUGUGUAUUCACUUGAACUUGAUCGGUCUUGGGGCUCAUCUUUGGUAUACAUGGAGACUGGCAUCCCGCCUCGACUUUUCACUAUAAUGGGAGGAUCACACAUGUUCUUAAGCUCUUGUAAAUCUUAAGUGCAUUUAAAACAUCCCGUAUAUCAGAUAACCUACUUAUAGCUUUUAUAUCUCAACUUCUGACUUUCAUCUCAAUUCCAACCACAAAUCAACAUUAUCUCCAGACC